UUAAUUUAUUUCAUUAAUGAAUUGCUUAAGCUAGAUUUAGAGUGAAAUAUCAUGAUUGGGUCAAUAAUUUGGAGCGGAAAGAAGUGAAAUUAGAAAGUAUUAUGAUAGGUGGUAACUAUCUUGUACAGUUGGGGGUAAUCGAUAUACUUAUAUCAGUGGAGGUAGCAUUCUACCGAACAUACAGAAAAGGAGGUAGCAUUCCAUCGAAGUGUUAAGUUAUUGACUGGUUCCUUCAACCCUUUUUCUAUGUGUUGGGAUUCUAUAAUUCAAACCGACUACCACAAGAAAGUCGCUCCUAUCUACGACAACCAUAAAAUAUCUACUUUCUUGUUUUGCCCCUCUGAGUGUUUAAGUAUUUUUUUUUUUUUUUUUUUUUUUUAAGGGGAGCUGGUCCGUGUGGCCAGCUAAAGAAGAUGACAGUGGGAAGGGAGCAUUAACGAGAUAACUUAUGCUUUUUUCAUCGUCACAAGGUCUAUCCUAUGGAAGUACUCAUAUUGGAUCAAUGAUCGAUUUCUAGGUUUUGUUGUAAACUUAAUGGGUGUCUGUGCUCGGGUAUAAUUAUCCAAAAGUUAAAUAAAUUAAAAUUGAAAUGAAAGCCAAAUAAAUGAAAGCAUGAUCAUAUGGAAACAGUAGUGAGUUGGAACUCUAAGGAUCAAAGCUUUUUAAGACGGCUUAAAGCUUUUGAUGGGUAAUCAUUAUCGUAAGUUUUUAGUGCCUUCAUUCCAUUGGUUAGCUUCAUCCAAGCAGUAAGCACACGCUCAUGAUUUCACUGUUCAUUACUCAAAAUCCAAAACUGAUCUCUUUCUUGCAUGAUUUCGUUAUCUGUUCAUGCGCUCUGAUACUGGUUUUACGCUUCAUUGGCUGCGCACCUUCUCCAAUGCCUUCUCUCUUAAAUUCUUUCCCUUUUCUUCUUCCCCUUCAAUUUUCCAACUCUUUUGGUGAAGAGGAAAUGGACCCUUUUCCUUUGUCAUGCCAUCUUUCCCCUCUCCAUUUCAGGAACUGCAAUUUUGGGUUUCAAGACAGCAUUUUUGACGUUGUUCCAUUGUUUGAGACAUGCCCAAAUGACUCCUUUUUGGUUCUAAAGGAUAUUGAACCCAAUAACACCAUUAUAUCAGAAGAUGGUGGAGAAAAUGAAAAGAAGGGAUUAGAGAGGAAAGAAGGGAGGGGCAAAAGGAAGUGGCGCGGAGAAAGGAGCAGCAGCCCAUCAAAAGGUUUGUCAAGAAAGACAAUAUCUGAGUACUUCUGGAUGCCCAUAAGUCAGGCCGCUAAGGAAUUGAAUGUGGGGCUCACUCUGUUGAAGAAGAGGUGUAGAGAAUUGGGCAUAAGGAGAUGGCCUCAUAGGAAGCUGAUGAGCCUCCAAACGCUAAUCAGGAAUGUGAAGGAGCUUGAGAAGGAAGAUGGAGUGAAGCUAAGGCAUGUAUUGGAGAUAUUAGAGAAUGAGAAGAAGUUAAUGGAAGAGAGGCCAGAUUUACAGUUGGAGGACAACACGAAGAGGCUUAGACAAGCCUGCUUCAAGGCCAACUACAAGAAAAAAAGGCUGUCCGGAACAAACAACUCCUCAGCCACCAGGGUUCAUCAGGAUGAUGAUGAAGAAGAAGAAGAUGAAGAAAUGAAGUAUCUGUUGGCGGAUUGCUCAUUUUCAUUCACUGGUGGCAGCCUGUUGCUGUACUAAAACCUCCAGAGUAUGAUAUUGUCCAACAUCAAUUUCAAUUCAGGGUUUCAUCGUGAGUUGUCCACUUCGAGGAUAAAACCCGACUGCUAGGAAGAAGAAUGCUGACACACCAAAUACCAUUUGUAACGGCCCAAGCCCACUCUAAUGACCUUGUAAUCUCUCCUCCCGUCUCAUUUCAUCUUUCCUCUCCUUUUCCACCCUCACUCUCUCUUAUGUCUCUCUUGUGGUUAUGGUUGUCAUCUCUUAUGUCUCUCUUGUGGUUAAGGUUGUCAUCGCUCCCUCUUUACAUCUAUUAAACCUGUGGA